AAUAAAACCACAGCAACAGAUUACUGUGAUAAAUUCCUCAAGGAAUCAACAUCAUUUAACGCCUGUGCCAAACAAAUUCCAGCCACAGACCCAGACAGCGCGAUGGACACGUGCGUCCUUGAUAUUAUGGCUACCCAGACAACAAUGUGGGCUUCAUCAGCACGGGAAUCAUUAAAGUCCGUCUGUAUGAAGGAGUUAAAACAGAACACUACUUACCACGAGGAUGAAGCUGGUGACAAACGUUCCAUUGCCCAGCAAAUCAAGGAGAUCACGUGUCCUAACGAAUGUAAUGGACAUGGUCAGUGUAGUAACGGUACUUGUGUGUGCGAUACAGAUUUCGGUGCCGCUGACUGCUCCAUAGACAUUCGUCAACCCCCUCGUAUGUAUGGUAUUAACCUUGACACCAACGGUACAUGCGAUCUGAAUACAUGUCAGGCUGCCAUUGUGGAAGGAGAGACGUUCAUCGAUACCCUCAACCUUACCUGUCAUAAUACCUUAUAUCAGAUACACAGGGAUGGUACCGAAAUGUUGAUUAUGAAGUGGAAAUCACACGCCCAAUUUAAUACCCUUGUGGAGGUCUUCUGUCCAUUUCCGAAUGUACUUGAGCGAUCCGGAUAAGGACGGAUUCGCCUACAGAUGGUCAGUCACGGUCAGCAAUGACGGUCAACAUCCAGGACAGGUGUCAGACCUGAUAGUCUAUAACGGAAUAUGCCAAAAUGUCGUGAAAAAUGAGAACACAUCGUCGGUUCAGUUGAAAGACAACUUCUGCUUCAUAAAUGGCAUCUGUGUACCAGAGGGAAUUACAAAUUCAUCGGAUUUAUGUCAGAUAUGCCAGAUAACUGACCAGAUGUCCAGAUUUCAAUGGAGCAGAAAUCCAGGAAUCGGCGACUGUGCUGAAAAACAAACUACUACCCCUACGUUGGUACUGGUUAAUAAAACAUCUUUGCCACCAAAGUUUGAGAUCCAGAAACCUUCCGUGAAUGUUUCACUCGUCGACAAACUAAGCCCAGUGUUUAACAUUAACGUUCAAAGUUUAGAAUUCGUGUGUGACUUUACCUUAUUGAGUGAGGACGUCCUUUACCAAGUUAUAUGGUAUAUAGACGGGAAGGAAAUCAAUGAAACCAAGAUUGCCAACGGAACGGAUGUUGAUAAUUUAGUUUUGGAAGAACGAACGGGCCAACUGGAAAAACUGGGAGUCCAUGUGACGUGUGCUGUGAGAGCACUUCCAACAAAUGGCGUGCCUGGAAAACUGUCUCCAAGAAGUGACCCAUUCUAUGCUGGGAUUGCGACUACACCUUCCGUAACCUUGUACAGAGACAAAGUCACUGCAUUCAUUGUUGUCAAACCUACGGUUCCCAUUGGCUGCCCGGCAUUAUAUCAAGAUGGCUGUGAGGUUGUAGUAGAACUGAUUCUUCCCGAGACAUAUAAAUGUAGAGGCAGUGUAGGGGCCAUUCUGCCUGUCGGGGCCCAGACAUGUGGUAAACACAUCCGCCAUGACGAGUGGGAUCAAGAACACAAGAUCUACAUCGCUUGGUUGGAUGACCAGACAUAUAACGGACAUCCGGACAGUUACAGAGUUAAUCUUCGUACGGCUGUCAACAACUACAAUCCGAUCUGGAGUAAUGUCGCACUUGAUGACGUCAACGUUGUUAUGGAUGAUAACACUAGGAUCUGGAAGGGAAAGGAAUGCCAUGCCAUAUGUGACCCCCAUAUGAAAACGUUCGACGGCAGGAAUUACGAGAAUCAAAAUGAUGGAACUUUCAUCUUUUAUGGAAACGACGAUCCCAGUAGAAAAGUUGAGGUGCAAAUGAAGGUAACACCGUGUAACCCUCCGGCUCACGUGUUUUGUGUGUGCGCCAUUGCAGUACGGGCAGGUGGCGACGUCUUCGUCAUCGAUCGGUGUCCUGGAAUAUAUCGCAACAUAUUCGAGUUCCGCUCAUGUGAAGACCACAUUUUGGACGUCAGAAAAAUCAACGAAAAUAUGUACAAAAUAUACUUACCCAGCGGCACCUACCUGAGCGCUUAUUUGCGGCAUUAUACCGGGAAGGACGUCAUGGACCUACACAUGUAUCCGUCCGCUGCCGACACCUUUCAUACACGCGGGCUAUGUGGGACGCUAAAUGGACGAACGGACGAUGAUUUUACCAAAUCUGAUGGGCAAAUAACAACCGAUAAUAAUAUCUUCGCCACCUCGUGGAGAGUCACUGAGAAGGACGAUAACCUCAUCACAAUGUCUGCUGAUGCUCUGGAAAAGUUGCCUUCAUGGAAUGUGACAGAGAAUACACAGUUCUGCACUUGUAACGGUCCGUCACGAAACAUUUCCUGCACACGCAGUGCUAUAGCAACUUGUGUUAGAGAGGACGAAACACCUGUAAUUAAACAGAAUAAAUGUAAGAUCAGGAGGUCAAGGUCAUUGCGCCCGAUUUCUCUGAUGCCCAACACUACCCAACCCACCAUGACGGGUCCUCCAAAGCAGAUAUGGAAUAAAACCACAGCAACAGAUUACUGUGAUAAAUUCCUCAAGGAAUCAUCAUCAUUUAACGCCUGUGUCAAACAAAUUCCAGCCACAGACCCAGACAGCGCGAUGGACACGUGCGUCCUUGAUAUUAUGGCUACCCAGACAACAAUGUGGGCUUCAUCAGCACGGGAAUCAUUAAAGUCCGUCUGUAUGAAGGAGUUAAAACAGAACACUACUUACCACGAGGAUGAAUCUGGUGACAAACGUUCCAUUGCCCAGCAAAUCAAGGAGAUCACGUGUCCUAACGAAUGUAAUGGACAUGGUCAGUGUAGUAACGGUACUUGUGUGUGCGAUACAGAUUUCGGUGCCGCUGACUGCUCCAUAAACAUUCGUCAACCCCCUCGUAUGUAUGGUGUUAACCUUGACACCAACGGUACAUGCGAUCUGAAUACAUGUCAGACGGCAAUUGUGGAAGGAGAGACGUUCAUCGAUAACUUCAACCUUACCUGUCAUAAUACCUUAUACCAGAUACACAGGGAUGGUACCGAAAUGUUGAUUAUGAAGUGGAAAUCACACGCUCAAUUUAAUACCCUUGUUGAGGUCUUCUGUCCAUUUCCGAAUGUACUGAGCGAUCCGGAUAAGGACGGAUUCGCCUACAGAUGGUCAGUCACGGUCAGCAAUGACGGUCACCACACCGGACAGGUGUCGGACCUGAUAGUCUAUAACGGAAUAUGCCAAAAUGUCGUGAAAAAUGAGGACACAUCGUCAGUUCAGUUGAAAGACAACUUCUGCUUCAUCAAUGGCAUCUGUGUACCAGAGGGAAUUACAAAUUCAUCGGAUUUAUGUCAGAUAUGCCAGAUAACUGACCAGAUGUCCAGAUUUCAAUGGAGCAGAAAUCCAGGAAUCGGCGACUGUGCUGAAAAACAAACUACUACCCCUACGUUGGUACUGGUUAAUAAAACAUCUUUGCCACCAAAGUUUGAGAUCCAGAAACCUUCCGUGAAUGUUUCACUCGUCGACAAACUAAGCCCAGUGUUUAACAUUAACGUUCAAAGUUUAGAAUUCGUGUGUGACUUUACCUUAUUGAGUGAGGACGUCCUUUACCAAGUUAUAUGGUAUAUAGACGGGAAGGAAAUCAAUGAAACCAAGAUUGCCAACGGAACGGAAGUUGAUAAUUUGGUUUUGGAAGAACGAACGGGCCAACUGGAAAAACUGGGAGUCCAUGUGACGUGUGCUGUGAGAGCACUUCCAACAAAUGGCUUGCCUGGAAAACUGUCUCCAAGAAGUGACCCAUUCUAUGCUGGGAUUGCGACUACACCUUCCGUAACCUUGUACAGAGACAAAGCCACUGCAUUCAUUGUUGUCAAACCUACGGUUCCCAUUGGCUGCCCGGCAUUAUAUCAAGAUGGCUGUGAGGUUGUAGUAGAACUGAUUCUUCCCGAGACAUAUAAAUGUAGAGGCAGUGUAGGGGCCAUUCUGCCUGUCGGGGCCCAGACAUGUGGUAAACACAUCCGCCAUGACGAGUGGGAUCAAGAACACAAGAUCUACAUCGCUUGGUUGGAUGACCAGACAUAUAACGGACAUCCGGACAGUUACAGAGUUAAUCUUCGUACGGCUGUCAACAACUACAAUCCGAUCUGGAGUAAUGUCGCACUUGAUGACGUCAACGUUGUUAUGGAUGAUAACACUAGGAUCUGGAAGGGAAAGGAAUGCCAUGCCAUAUGUGACCCCCAUAUGAAAACGUUCGACGGCAGGAACUACGAGAAUCAAAAUGAUGGAACUUUCAUCUUUUUUGAAAACGACGAUCCCAGUAGAAAAGUUGAGGUGCAAAUGAAGGUAACACGGUGUACCCUUCGGCUCACGUGUUUUGUGUGUGCGCCAUUGCAGUACGGGCAGGUGGAGACGUCUUCGUCAUAGACCGGUGUCCUGGAAUAUAUCGCAACAUAUUCGAGUUCCGCUCAUGUGAAGACCACAUUCUGGACGUCAGAAAAAUCAACGAAAAUAUGUACAAAAUAUACUUACCUAGCGGCACCUACCUGAGCGCUUACCUGUAUCAGUAUGUCAUGGACUUACACAUGUAUCCGUCCGCUGCCGACACCUUUCAUACACGCGGGCUAUGUGGGACGCUAAAUGGACGAACGGAC